AUGGAGAGCGGCGAGCGCUUCAUAACGCCAGCAGAUGGCGACGAAAAUGAUAUAUCCGCGAUCUUAGAUUGCGCGCUCCAGAAUUACGAUGCAUAUCUCGAUAAGCAAGAUGACCGCCAAUCCCCACUCUAUGGAGGAAGGAUGUUGGAUCUUGCCAAGUGCAUUCAGCUCUACCAGAAAGUGGUAGCGCUGACAAAUGAAAAUGACCGAGAUCAUCUACUUGCUUUGAGGGGUCUUGGAGAAGCACAUCUCGACAUGUUUAAUGAAACAGGAGACCUAGAUGACGCUGACAAGUCUAUCCGGAGCCAAGCUAAAGCAAUGCAAUUGACACUUGAGUUCGAUGUCAUUGGAAAGUUGGAUACACGCAAAGCAAUUGGAAGAACAUACUAUGCCAGGUUCCAGAAGUCCAAGGAAGAAGAAAGUGGCUCUGCAGCUUUGGCUGAUGGCUGCCUGGGCUCUGCCCAGAUCUUUUUCAAUUUCGGCUUUGGGCUUCUCGGGAAACUUUACGAUCACAGAAAUCUCCACCGUUGCGACGACAAGAAGGCAGACCUAAUGUGGGCUAUCGACCUCCUUCACCAGUCGAUCAACCCACAGAUGGGCGAAAAUGAGUAUGAAGGCCUUCAUCUUUUUCACUUGGGAGGUGUAUGGGGAGAUAUAUCUCGCUACUGGUCCAUCAAGUCGCAGAUGGACGAAAAGCAAUAUCGAGGUAUCGCUCUUUUUCGAUUGGGAGUUGUGUGUGGAAAUCGAUAUCUGGAAGCAGGCGAUGUGGAUUUUUUGAAUCGAUGCAUCGCCUUGUAUGAGGAAGCGUUGAGUCUGCUCGCUCCAGACCACCCGGAUACGGUAGAUCUCCUAAGGAAUUUGUGUAUUGCUUAUCGAGACCGGGGACUUGACAUGGGUUCCCUGGAGGAUCAUGAGCUUUCUAUGCACUAUGGCGAAGCUGCGGUUAAGUUGCUACCGGAGAACGAAUCCUAUCUGGCACAACGAUUGGGUACUCUUGAGAGUGUUUAUGAGGCCAAGUUCCAGACAACCCGGAAUGUCAAACAUCUCGGAAUGUCCUUGAAAUGUAAAGAGGACCUUCUUAAAUUCACUCCUCCAAGCGACGACGAUCACAGAGCCUGGCUGCUCCACGCCGUGGCAAGCGGGUAUGCGCGCCAGUUCUCCUGGACGAAGAAUAUUGCUGAUAUAGAUCACUCAAUCCAACUUGAUCAAGAAGCACUUGAGAUUACCCCGGAAAAUCACCCAGCCCGACCCGACUUUUUAAUUACGCUUGGUGAUGGCUACCACACCAGAUUCGAGCACAACAAUAUGGAAUUCAUAGAGCAACAUGAUGACUCUGAGCACUUGAUCGAACGAAUUGAUGUGGCAGAUCUCGAAAAGUCAAUACAACUAAUGGAAGCCGCUGUGAAUGAGACACCAACCCAACAUAGGUGGCGUGCAUAUCGACUUUCCAGACUCGCCCGAGCCUAUGAUCAGCGAUAUAGCGUCACGGAUGACUACUCUGACAACGAUAGAGCUCUUCUGUUAUAUGAGCAAGGUUUAUUCUGCGAUUCAUCCCCAGCUUACGAUCGCCUGAUUGCUGGUCUUGAGCUGAUCAGAACAUACACGCUCAUAUACAAGCUUUCUUCAUCUAGCCGGGAGCACAUGUACAAAGUUGCUUUGGCAACUAUGGAAAUUGUCCCUCUUGUUGCACCUCCCUCAAUGAAGAUUUCUGACAGGCUCAUCAUGCUUGAAAGUGCACAAGGGCUGGGCUCCAUAGUCGCUGCAAUUGGUCUGAGUUGCGGGCUGUCGCCGCUCACUGCCCUCCAACACGUUGAGCGAGGACGAGGAAUUCUUUUCAAGUUUACAAAUGACCUGCGGGCUGAAGAGAGCCGCCUCCGGGAAACGCACCCGGAUAUCGCCGACGAGCUGGCAGGUCUCCUGGCUCGAACUGAGGCCCCGCCGGCGGAGACGCUGCACCAGCGGAGCAUUCGCCAUCUGGCAGGGCAAAGGCUUGAGACGUUGAUCUCGAAGAUAGACGGACUGCCUGGUUCUGCUCUGAGUAUACCGGCCAUGUCCGAAGACGAUCUCAGAGUUGCUGCAGAACGUGGACCUAUUGUUACUAUCAACUUAACCACUUUUCGGUGCGACGCGCUAAUCGUGGACAGAAGCCGUACUUGGUCGCUAUCACUACCCGAUCACUCGCAUGAGGUUCUUUUACAGUACAUGGCUGGGGAUCGAGGGAGCCCAGAAGUGCUUGCGUGGCUUUGGACGAAUCUUCUCAAGCCGAUCCUGGACGAGCUGGGCUUCACUCACGCACCAGAGGGUUGCAGCUGGCCGCAUGUUUGGUGGAUUCCAACGAGUAUUCUUGCGAAUUUCCCAAUUCACGCUGCCGGGCUGUACACCGAAUCAUCUUAUGAUGGUGUUCUUGACCGAGUAAUCUCCUCAUACAGCAACUCUAUCCAUACGCUUCUUGAGAUCCGCUCGCGCCAAUGUCAAGUCAUGAAUCCGAUCAGUGGCCAAAAAAUUGUGCUUAUCGCGAUGGAGGAGACUCCAGGGCAUUCCAAUCUGCGAUAUGCUUCCCAAGAAGUUCUCCAAUUGGAGAGUCUCUGCAAGGAAUCCGGGCUGAAUGUUAGCAAACCUCUGCCGAACCGGGAGAAUGUCCUGGAAGCCUUGAAUGAGUGUACGAUAUUUCAUUUUGCCGGACAUGGGCAAAGCCUCCACGGGGCGCCCAUGGACAGCACUCUCUUACUGGAGGACUGGAAAACGAACCCUCUGACCGUGUCGACUCUCUGUGAGACAAAUCUUGCCAAGCAAAGACCGUUUUUGGCCUACCUGUCGGCCUGCAAAACUGGUAACUUGGUUCAUGGCCAGGCUGAGGGGCUUCACCUGAUGGGAGCAUGCCAACUUGCGGGAUUUCGGCAUGCAGUUGGCACGCUGUGGGAGGUGCAAGACCAGACAAGCGCAGAUGCCGCUGUGGAACUGUAUAAAUGGAUGCUAAGGGGGGGGAUGACCGAUGAUUCGGUCAGUGAAGGUCUUCACCACGCGAUAAGAAGCAUCAGGAGUCGGUGGAUAGAGUCCAUGCAGUCAAGGGCAGCGGAUUUAAAGGAAUGCUCCGAUCCUGCGUUGGAGAGACAGUGUCCAAGUCGUGCAGGAAGAGAUAUGGUCCCCGAACCAGAUAUGCAAGAGGCUUUUUGGAUCCCCUUUAUUCACUUUGGAGUUUAG